UCGUUUUCGCUGUUAGAGUCAGUGCUCAAGAGGAUAAGGCCUCUCCUGGAGAUCAAAAUCGUAAGUAGUUUUGUAUAUUCAAUUUAUUCAGUUUUGCUAAUUUAACAACAAAGUAUAAUGUUUGAUGUUUGUUACAGAUUCUUCACAGCAUCAAUUUUUUUGCAUUUUUUGGGAAAAAUCCAACGGUGGCUCUAAAAUCAAGAAUGUAAGAAUCUUUCAUUAUCUUCAACGUAAGAUUUUGCUUUGCUUUUAAAUAUAAAUUCUAAUGUUUAAUGUUCUGUUACAGAUCUUCUUCAUCGUCUCCACUUGCUCUAAUUUUGCAAGAAUCUUAUGAUGCUUCGAAAGCUAAAAAUGUAAGUACUUUAGCAUGUUGUAUUCAAAUUUCAUUCUCUAUAGCUCUCUCUCUCUUUCUAUUGUUGAAGUUGAAUGUAAAAUUAUAAUUAUAAAAUAAAAACACUUCAAAUUAUUCCAAUUUUUAUUAUUGUUAAAAUUUAAAUUUUCACAAAUAACAUUAUGUCUUUAGAAAGAAAAUGUUUUAUUUUUUAAAGAAAUUUUUCACGGCGUUCACUUCUGCUAUGGGAUUCUCAGUGUUAUUUACUUGAUGAGAGUCUUUAUGAUAACUUUCCCUGCUCCAGUGCAGCAUCGGUGAUAAUGUUCUUCACAUCUAUCCGGUGAGUCGCAGCAUUUAUGUUCCUCCGGUCACUCAACCAUGUCGUAGGAUGAAAGGUCCGAAUCGGCACGAGUGACUGGUUGUAUACGAGAAUUUUUGAUGAGCAUAGUGACCGCGGGUAUUUUUCGUACCCGUGAGUAAUAACAUUUUUUCAGAUUUUUUAUGUAUUAGAUCAGGAUAGAGCUUCUUGCACAUCGCGAUAU